AUGAAGUUAUCAAACUUAUUGUCAUUAUCUACUUUAACUUUUGCAUCUGCAGCUCCUGCUUUACACCAUACUGAUCGUCACAAUCGUCAGGAAAAACGAGCUGUAGUUACUGUCACUGAAUUAGUCGACGAGGCUGGUCAAAUUGUUGCUCCUACGACUCCUAUCGAAACUACUACACCAGUUUCUCCUGCUACUGCAACUACUACAACUCUGGUAGGUACUAGCACCGCUACCUCUUCCGGUGUUUCUGUUAUCAGUGGCGAUUUGAAAGAUUAUGAGAAUCCAACAGAAGAAUUUAAAGAUGGUACCAUUAAGUGUUCUGAAUUCCCAUCUGGUCAAGGUGUGAUCCCUGUUGACUGGAUCGGUUUUGGUGGUUGGACCUCUGUGAUGGCUUUAGACGGUUCUACUUCCACUGAAUGUAAAGAUGGGUUCUACUGUUCCUAUGCUUGUCAACCGGGUAUGUCUAAGACCCAAUGGCCAUCUGAGCAACCAUCUGAUGGAAGAUCAGUCGGUGGUUUAUACUGUAAGGAUGGUUACUUAUACCGUUCCAACACUGAUACCCCUUAUUUGUGUGAAUGGGGCCAUAACUCUACUAUCGUUGUCAACAAAGUCGACAAAGAUAUCGCUAUGUGUAGAACAGACUAUCCAGGUUCUGAAAACAUGAAUGUUCCAACUUUAGUUGGUGCUGGUUCUUCCAAUGUCAUCUCUGUGGUUGAUGAAGAUUCUUAUUACAAAUGGAAUGGCCAAAAGACAUCCACUCAAUAUUAUGUCAACAACGCUGGUGUCUCUGUAGAAGAUGGAUGUAUUUGGGGUGAAGAAGGUUUCGGUGUGGGUAACUGGGCUCCAGUGGUUCUUGGUGCAGGUUACACUAACGGUCUUACUUAUUUAUCUAUCAUUCCAAACCCAAAUAACAAAACUCCACCAAAUUUCAACGUCAAGAUUGUGGCUAAUGAAGGUGGUGCAAUUGCUGGAGAAUGUUACUAUGAAAAUGGUAAUUACAAUGAAAAUGGUUCUGAUGGUUGUACUGUCACUGUUACCUCUGGUACUGCAAGCUUUAUUUUCUAUUAA